AUGGAAUGGAAGAAGUAUUAUUUGGAUGUUGUGUUGGUACCAUUGGGAUUUCUGAUAACCAUUGCUUAUCAUGUUUGGUUAUGGCAUAAGGUUCGUACCCAGCCUUCUUCAACCAUAAUCGGAAUCAACACUCAUGGAAGACGCUCCUGGGUCCCUGCCAUGUUGAAGGACAUUGAGAAGAAGAACAUCUUAGCAGUUCAAACUCUUCGUAAUAUGAUAAUGGGAUCAACUCUUAUGGCCACCACAUCCAUUCUUCUCUCUGCUGGUUUGGCAGCUGUCAUAAGCAGCACUUACAGUGUGAAGAAGCCUCUGAAUGACGCUGUGUAUGGAGCCCACAGUGAAUUUAUGGUGGCACUCAAAUAUGUGACACUUCUAACCAUAUUCUUAUUCUCAUUUUUCUGUCAUAGCCUGUCGAUUAGGUUUUUCAAUCAAGUGAGCAUCCUCAUUUGCACACCACAAGAUGUCAUGUCCAUGGUGACACCCCAAUAUUUGACUGAGCUUUUGGAGAAGGGAACUAUUUUGAGCACUGUUGGCAACAGGCUCUUCUACUCAGCACUCCCUCUUAUUCUUUGGAUCUUUGGGCCUGUGUUGGUUUUCUUGUCUUCUGUAGCAAUGUUACCAGUGCUUUACAACCUAGACUUUGUUUGUGGAACUGAGAAGGGCAAGGUCAUGAAGAGUGACAAAGGGGAAAACUAUGUUUGA